AUGUGGAUGCAAAAUAAUCACUCCUCUCGAGUAGUAGAACGAUUCGUUCCUCUCCUCUCUUCAUGUCUUGUUUUCUUUAUAUUUUCAAUUUUCGUGUCAGCUUCUCCUCAACCUGUCAAGUACAAAAUUUCCACACUUGCUGGAAUUGGCACUCCAGGAUACAGUGGUAAUUACGGCCAUGCUCUGAGUGCUCAACUCAACGAACCCUAUUCAUUGGCACUUUCCAAUGAUUCUCAAUACUUGUUUGUUGUGGAACAUGAAAAUCAUGUGUUACGAAAAAUUGAUUUAAAUUCUCAAUUCAUCAUUCCAGUGUGUAAUGAGAAUGCACAACCUGGAUACAAUGGAGGAGAGAUGGAUCCGUUACAAAAUUUACUGAAUGAACCCACUGGAAUUGCAAUUUCAAAAGUCAAUGGUGAUAUUUUCAUUUCAGAUUCAGAGAAUCAUGUCAUUAAAAGAAUUUCCAUUUUGGAUCAAUUGAUUCAUGUCGUGGCAGGAAAUACGACAGCAGGUUAUAAUGGAGAAGAAUUGAAUGCAACGAAUAGUAUGAUGAAUGAACCAGCUGGAUUGUAUGUCAAUUCGAAUGGUGAAAUUUUGGUUGUGGAUUCUGAGAAUCAUAUUUUGAGAGUGUUGAAAUUUAAUGAAAGUUAUUAUACGAUGGAGCUAGUGGCUGGAGUGCCUAAUGAGGCAGGAUUUAAUGGAGAUGGACUUGUGUUAAUGUCUAAAUUGAAUGAACCAAUUGGUGUGACGCAGGAUGGUAAUGGAAAUGUUUACAUUUCAGAUACUGAAAAUCACAUGAUUAGAAAAAUUUCAGGAAACACCCUGAUGACCAUUGCAGGAACAGGUGUUGCCGGUUUUUCAAAUGACACUUGUCAAAAUGCCACUCUGGAUUGUCCUCUCAAUGAACCCACUUCUCUCGUCUUCUCUCCAUUAAACGGUGAUUUAAUCUUUGUGGAUAAAAAAAACAACAAAGUUCGAAAGCUUUCUCCAGAAGGUUCUCUCGUAACCAUUGCAGGAGAUGGCAUUGCUUCCUUUUCUGGAGAAAAUGACACAGACAGUUUAUUGGCCUCCCUUAACGAACCUAACGGAGUUGCCAUUGAUGAAAAUGGAACCAUUUAUAUUGCAGAUACCAUGAAUCAUCGAGUAAGAAAGUUAUCUCCAUACUGUGAAAAUGGUUAUAUGUUGCGUGAAAAUCAAACGGCAUGUGACAUGACUUGUUUUGGAAUUUUGGAAAAUUCUUCACAAGUUUGCCAAUCACGUGGUUGGUGCGUUUCCGUCAAUCUUUGUGAAUGUUUUAAUACUUCUCAAUAUGGAGGUGAGAAUUGUCAAUUCACAAAAUGUAAUGGAAUUUUAUCCAAUGAAACACAACAAGUGUGUCAUGGACAUGGAGAUUGUAUUUCUCCUGACAAUUGUCAAUGUCAUGAAGGAUAUUUUGGAGCAUUUUGUGAAAUUACCCAAUGUCAUGGAAUUCUCUCUAAUGAUUCGAAUGUUUGUAAUGGAAAAGGAAAUUGUGUGGAUUUGAAUGUGUGCCAUUGUACGGAUUCUAAAUUUGGAGGUGCCAAUUGUGACAUUGCCAUUUGUCAUGGAAUUUUGGCAAAUGACAGCUCUGUGUGCAGUUCUCAUGGGGCAUGCUUGAACGGAACCUGUGAAUGUUCGGGAGGUUGGUUUGGAGAAUUGUGUGAAAUUCCAUCUUGCAAUGGAACACUAGCCAAUGAAACGGUUGUUUGUUCUGGACAUGGUACCUGUCAAGACAUCAAUCAAUGCAUCUGUCAUGAAAAUUACAAUGGUGAAAACUGUCAAUAUCCUUACUGCAAUGGAAUUCUCUCAAAUGCAACUUCUUCUGUAUGCUCUUCUCAUGGUCAAUGCAUUUCUCCAAACGAAUGUUCUUGUUUCGAAUAUUGGUAUGGACCUUACUGUAAUGUCACUUCCUGUUUUGGAGAAUUUUCAAAUUCCUCACAUGUCUGUAAUGAUGGAAAAGGCACUUGCGUCGAUUUCAACACUUGUGAAUGUCAACAAAAUUCCACGCCUUACUUUGGAGAUCAAUGUCAAUUUACAACAUGUUUUGGAAUAUUCUCCAAUGACACUUCCAAUGUUUGCAACAAUCAUGGAAAUUGCACUUCUUUCAAUGUUUGUGAAUGUUUUGAGGGAUAUAUUGGAGAAAAUUGUUCCAUUCCAACAUGUUUUGGAAUUCCAGCCAAUGAAACGAAAUAUGUUUGUGAUCGAAUUGGAUAUUGUGUUGAGAAGGAUCAUUGUGUGAAUUAUACGUGUAAUGGAACAUUGAGUAGUGACCCAUUGUCAUGCUCUUCACAUGGACUCUGUAUUGGAAAUGAUCAUUGUGAAUGUCAAGAAUUUUAUUUUGGUUCGAAUUGUGAAUUCUCAAGUCAAAUUCCAACAUGUUAUGGAAUUCUUGCCAAUGAUUCACGAGUGUGUAAUGACAGAAAUGGAAGUUGUGUCUCGCUCGAUCGAUGUGAAUGUCAUUUGGGAUAUUCUGGCAAGGAAUGUGAAAUUCCAAUUUGUUAUCAAAAACUAUCGAAUGAUUCCAAUGUUUGUUCAAAUCAUGGAAAUUGCAUUUCACCAAAUCAAUGUCAAUGUCAAGAAGGUUAUUUAGGAUUACAAUGUGAAAUUCCAGUCUGUUAUGGUAUUGCUGCCAAUGAUUCUGCAGUGUGUAAUUUUGGAAAAGGACAAUGUGUCAGUUACAAUAAUUGUUCUUGUUUCAAUUCUCAAGAAUGGACAGGUCAAGAUUGUUCUGUUCCAGUGUGUUAUGGAAAAACUUUGAGUCAAGCAUGUUCUGGAAGAGGAAAUUGUUUACAUAAUCAUACAUGUUCAUGUCCUUCGAAGUAUGAAGGUACUGAGUGUGAAUUCCACAAAUGUUUCAAUGUGUUGAAUACUUCAAGUUCUGUGUGUUCCGGAAAAGGAAAAUGUGUGAACGAUGACACUUGUCAAUGCUAUGAAAAUGAAAAAUAUUUUGGACAGAAUUGUGAAUUUACUUCAUGCUAUGGAGUCGCCUCAUCCAAUGCAUCCCUCGUGUGUAAUUAUGGAAAUGGUACUUGUGUGGAUUUCAAUUCUUGUCAAUGUAACGAAAAUUCAUUAUAUGGAGGACCUCAAUGCUCAGAUCCAAAAUGUUUUGGAAUUUUAUCGACUCAAUAUUCAAAAGUCUGCCAUGGUAAUGGAAAUUGUACCAAUGUCGAUAAGUGCUCAUGUUUUUCAGGAUUUUUAGGAGAUGAGUGUGAUUUGUUAACACUCUCAAAAAUUUCAUUACAAUUUAACGCUACCAAAGGACUCUAUUCACAAACGUUAAUUCAAUUAACCAUUAACGAUGAAUUAUUGAAUUUAUAUUAUUCCAAUAGAAGUAUUCUUGGAAAAUUCACUUUUGAACUGAGUGUGGGAGAUGCUGGACGCUACGUUCUUCUUUCUACUAACACGACUUUUAAGGAAAUUCCGCUCUCCAAUUCCAAGUUGGAAUUCUUCAUUCCAUCUUCACUGUAUUCCAACCUCAACGAUCACACCAACAACAACACCAUCCUUACAGCCUCUGUUGAAUUAUUCGACUCUAGAACCAUGACCAAAAUUUCCAACAAGGUCUCUUCUUCCAAUUCCUUUAUUUAUGAAAAUCCAAAUAUUGACAAACAAGUUUCUAACCAAGAAAACAAUAAUGGAGUUUCUGGUGGAGUCAUUGCAUUGGCUGUGGUCAUUCCAAUUGCUUCUCUGGCAGGAAUUGCUGUCAUUGUAGGAACUAUUGCAGGAGCUGUGAUGUAUUACAAGAAAAAGAUGGCCGCUACCAAUGCGAUGGGAUUGAUGAAGGCCCAAAAUGAAGACUUUGAAUUGGCACAGGGAUUUUAA